UUCAAAUUGAGUUCAUCCUCUCUUUCGUUCAUCUCCUCCGGUCUCAGUUCAGUCAGUGUUCUUGACCACCAUGGCUUCUGCUGCCGCCGCCUUUGCCAUUCUCUCGACUUCCGUUCUGCUCAAUGCUCUGAUGGUUGCACUUGCUGGCAACUUCCACCAGGAGUUUGACAUAACCUGGGGAGAUGGCAGAGCUCAGAUACUCGACAACGGAGAUCUCCUCACUCUCUCUCUCGACAAGGCUUCGGGCUCCGGCUUCCAAUCCAAGAACGAAUAUCUUUUCGGCAAAAUCGACAUGCAGCUCAAGCUAGUCCCUGGGAAUUCUGCUGGCACUGUCACUGCCUACUAUCUAUCCUCAAAAGGGUCCGCGUGGGACGAGAUAGACUUUGAGUUCUUGGGGAACCUGAGUGGCGAUCCAUACAUUCUUCACACCAAUGUGUUCAGCCAAGGCAAGGGAAACAGGGAACAGCAAUUCUAUCUCUGGUUCGACCCGACUGCCGAUUUCCACACCUACUCCAUCCUCUGGAACCCGCAACGCAUCAUAUUCUCGGUGGACGGCACUCCAAUCAGAGAAUUCAAGAACGCGGAAUCGAGCGGCGUCCCGUUCCCCAGCAGCCAACCGAUGAGGAUUUACUCGAGCCCGUGGAACGCGGACGACUGGGCAACGAGAGGCGGGCUUGUGAAGACAGACUGGUCGAGAGCUCCAUUCACAGCCUCGUACCGGAACUUCGACGCCGACGCCUGCAUUUGGUCCUCCGGGUCGUCGUCUUGCGGGGACAACGCCGCCUCGAGCGAUGGCAGUUCUUGGCUCACGCAGGAGCUGGACACGACCAGCCAAGGGAGGCUGAGAUGGGUGCAGCAGAAUUACAUGAUCUACAACUACUGCUCUGACUCCAAGAGGUUCCCUCAAGGCCUCCCUCCAGAAUGCAACCUCUCUUAAAACAGAGGACGGCGAGAGAGAGAGAGAGAGCGCGAAUGCUAGGCUUUGAACAUAGCAUAGGACAAUUCUUUCAUUGAAUUUUUGUAUUCUUUAUUGUAUUCGACGAUACCUUAUUCUAUAUGUAAUGUUCAUCUUCGUUUAUGAUUUUGCCUCUUUUGGCAAUUUAGAACAGUGGAAAGCGAG